CCCAACGCCGAUCUUUCUGGACCUCUCUGACGUCUCGAAUCACAUGAUGUUUGCGCCCGUGACGUCCAGGGGUGCGCAGAGGGUUCUUGGUAAGUAGGGGACGUCAUUUCGCCGCGUGAUAUCAUGAAACGCAGCGGGCGCAGGACGCGCGCUUCCCCUCCUUGUCCCUGUCUCUGUGGUCUUUGAGAGACUGGGUAUACUCUCGUCGUCGUUAUCUGGCCGGGAUGGACAAUAGCCGAACGAAGUAUGUUUUUUGCAACGACUUGCCCUCCGUGGCAUCCGCUACACGCAUUCUUGCACUUUCCCCUGUCCUCAUCAUCGACUGUGAGGGGAGACUGAUUGGCACACUCACUGGUGCCCUCUCCCUCAUGUGCAUCGGCACUGAGAGGGCAGAACACAUAUUCAUAUUCGACGUCCUCGCUCUCAGGCCGUUCAAGUCUCAUCUUACGCCCCUUCUCUCCAUCCUCACCAACUCACAAAUCAAGAAAGUCAUGUGGGACUGUCGCAAUGACUUCCUCGAGAUACAGAGCGAGUAUAAUAUCACUCUAACCGGUAUCGUCGAUCUCCAACUGGCUGAGAUUCAGGCCCGCACGGCCGUGAGGGGGGAAUCAGAUUUUCAACGCAUACAGCGCUUUGCACGGGGCAGUGGUCCUGCGCUACUGCUUGCGCUCAGGCAAAACCGAGAGCUUUUCUUGGGGGUACAUCGUCUCCAAGGCAUGGACGCUUGCAUUCGCCUAGCUGGAGUUCUCGCCACAGGGAAAGACCGUAGGUGUUGUGUGGCGUGGUACAUUUGGCAUACUUACCCCUCGCCAGCCCAAGUCGUCGCCAUGCACAAAGCCCUUGGUUCAUCCAUAUGGCUGGAUCGACCCCUCCCCCCUAAACUCUUGGCAUACGCCGCCCACGACAUCGAGCUGAUUGCGGCGUUGUACGAACAUUUCAAGAAGAGAGCGUGGGUUACACCCACUUACGAGCCGCUUCUCAUGGCUCAGAGCAUGCGUUAUGCAUAUUCACUCCUCCACCAAGGUCGCGUAGCAAAGGACGACGUCUUCGGCCAGAGUUCAGUGUUGCCGUUGGACGUGCUUAGUGAAUCUCCUGGACCCCAAUUUCAGUGUCGUGGGUGCCAAAGGAUGCAGCCGCUAUCCUGCUACAGCGUGAGGACACAAGCCGAGAAUUCUCAGGCAAGGUCGGAUAUCUGCCGUACAUGCCAGAUCAAAGUUUUGAUUGAAGGAAGCGUAUUUUCCCGUUUCUUGGGUCGUUGUCGGUUGAAACCCAGAUGUGAUCGUUUGUGCUCCUUUGGCUCUAUUGGAUUGCUAAAGGGUGGGAUAUCAUCGUUUUCACGUUCCGGUAUUGCCGCUAUGUAGUCUUCUCAGAAUUGAUUCCUCUUAUGUUGCUCUCUCUGUGUUCCCAGAUGCUGCCUCAGAUUCUUGUGCACUGUAUGUAGUAUAUGGUGCUAUAUUGCACGACUUGUAUUCCUCCAUACCAUGUACAGUAGCCGAAUGUGUACCAAU